CUCUUAGUUUCCUUCGCUCUCAGGUUUCGCUUUAUAUUUUUCUUUUCGUUCUUUUCCCAGCUCCAACCAACUUUCACACCUCAAGAUUUUUUUUUUCUCGCGCUUUCUCUCGCUAAUUUUUUUCUCGAGAAUCUUCGAUCAUCUGCAAAACAUUUUUUUGUCAUUUUCUUUCUAUUCAAAUUCAAAUUCAAAUGCAUGUUUGUUGCUGUUAGUAUUACUAAUUAUUAGGCGACGUUGAACGGCACAGAGAAUACAUAAAAUUUAAAGUAAUUAACUAAUUAACGAUGCAAAACGACGUCGCGACGAACGGAGUUUGCUCGACGGAGUCGGUGAAUGGGAGUUGCGAUGUUUGGAGUUGUAAAGAUUCUGAUUCAUUAUCAGCUGAUCAUCUUGUUAUCAUGGUCCACGGAAUUCUCGGCAGUUCUUCAGAUUGGAAGUUUGGAGCUGAGCAAUUUGUUAAAAGGCUCCCCGAUAAAGUAUUUGUCCAUUGCAGUGAACGGAAUAUGUCUAAGCUGACUUUGGAUGGUGUGGAUGUAAUGGGUGAACGAUUGGAAAAGGAGGUCCUUGACAUUAUUCAAGAAAAGCCAAAUUUACGCAAGAUCUCCUUCGUUGCACAUUCUGUGGGAGGACUGGUGGCUAGAUAUGCAAUUGGGAGACUCUAUAGGCCACCUAAGAGAGAAGUUAAAGAGGAUACAUCAGGUAAUGAAUGCAAGGAGGAACCAAGGGGUACAAUUGGUGGCCUGGAGGCUGUGAACUUCAUCACUGUUGCAUCUCCACAUCUUGGUUCAAGGGGUAAUAAACAGGUACCAUUUCUUUUUGGGGUAACUGCUUUUGAGAAAGCUGCAAGUUGUGUUAUUCAUUGGAUAUUUAGAAGAACAGGUCGGCACCUUUUUCUUACUGAUGAUGAUGAAGGAAAGCCUCCGCUGCUUAAGCGGAUGUUGAAAGAUUAUGAUGAGUUCUAUUUCAUAUCUUCAUUGUGUUUAUUCAAACGCCGGGUGUUGUAUUCCAAUGUGGGAUAUGACCAUAUUGUCGGCUGGAGAACAUCAUCAAUAAGACGGGAAAGUGAACUGCCAAAGUGGGAGGAGUCUCUAAAUGAAACCUAUCCACAUAUUGUGUAUGAAGAACACUGCAAGGCCUGUGAUGCUGAUCAGUAUGAAACUAUUUCAACAGAAGAUGAUGGCUCAUCCGACACGCUAGAAGAGGAACUGGUGAAAGGCCUAUCCCGAGUUUCAUGGGAAAAAAUAGAUGUUAGUUUUCACAGCAGUAGACUGAGAUUUGCUGCACAUAGUAUCAUACAGGUUAAAGAUGAAGCUAUGCAUACAGAAGGUGCAGAUGUGAUCCAACAUAUGAUUGACCAUUUUCUUACUUGAAAACUAUUGGUCUUAGAAAUACACAUCAUAUACGCUGGGAUAUUCUUAGGUAAGGAAAAUAUUAAUUUUCUACUGAGAUCCCAUCCGUUGCAGUUGAAUGGAUAAAUACUCCGGUUGCUUAUGGGCAAAGGAUGGGCAUGAGAACUGUGAUCAAUCCAGCAGUCAUGAAGAAAAUUUGUUCAUUCAUUAAUCAUUUCAAUAUUUUAUGUUGAAUACGUGUGCAAGUUCAGCAAUAUAUCCCAACAUUAUAUAUUUGCAUUAUUUUUUUUUAUGUGAUGUAAAGAAAUUAUUCAAUAAUUUAAAAUUUACAUAGAACUUGUAAGGCUAUGGUUAAUUAUGAUAAGCCUUGAUAAUUUGUAUUUUGGUCGUUCAAAAGGGAAGCUUUGUAAAAUUUGAGGAAGUUUUACUGAAG